AUGAGGAAGAUGCGGACUCUCUUUGGCUUUGUGCAUUGCUGCUGCUGCUGCUUCUUGCUCCUGCUGCCUCCUCCACUCUGGGUCAGCUUGGCCGCGGCCAAGCAGCUGCUGAGGUACCGGCUGGCCGAGGAAGGACCUGCCGACAUCCGCAUAGGCAACGUGGCUUCAGACCUGGGCAUCGUAACGGGCUCUGGAGAGGUGACAUUCAGCCUGGAGUCGGGCUCCGACUACCUGAAGAUCGAUAACAUGACCGGGGAGCUGAGCACCACUGAGCGGCGCAUAGACCGCGAGAAGCUGCCGCAGUGCCAGAUGAUCUUCGAUGAGAACGAGUGCUUCCUGGACUUCGAGGUCUCGGUAAUCGGCCCUUCGCAGAGCUGGGUGGACCUCUUCGAGGGCCGGGUCAUCAUCCUGGACAUCAACGACAACACCCCCACUUUCCCCUCGCCUGUCCUCACCCUUACCGUGGAGGAAAACCGGCCCGUAGGGACCCUCUAUCUGCUCCCCACUGCCACCGACAGAGACUUCGGUCGCAACGGCAUCGAGCGCUACGAGCUGCUGCAGGAGCCCGGCGGCGACGGGGGCAGACGCGGAGGAGGGGGGUCGGCUUCUGCAGCUGAGAGCGCCCUCUACCCCGGCGGCAGUAAGAGGAGGCAGGAGCCGGACGGGGCGGCCCGCAGCAGCGUGUUCGAGCUACAGGUGGCCGACACCCCUGAUGGGGAGAAGCAGCCGCAGCUGAUUGUCAAAGGGGCGCUGGACCGAGAGCAGAGGGACUCCUAUGAACUGAGCCUGAGGGUGCGGGACGGCGGCGACCCGGCCCGCUCCUCCCAGGCCAUCCUGAGGGUACUGAUCACCGACGUGAACGACAACAGCCCCCGCUUUGAGAAGAGCGUCUAUGAGGCGGACCUGGCGGAGAACAGCAGCCCCGGGACCCCCAUCCUGCAGCUGCGGGCCGCCGACCUGGACGUGGGGGUGAACGGGCAGAUCGAGUACGUCUUCGGGGCGGCCACCGAGUCGGUGAGGCGCCUGCUGCGGCUGGACGAGACCUCGGGCUGGCUCAGCGUCUUGCACCGCAUCGACCGGGAGGAGGUGAACCAGCUCCGCUUCACCGUCAUGGCCCGGGACCGGGGCCAGCCGCCCAAGACCGACAAGGCCACGGUGGUGCUGAACAUCCGCGACGAGAACGACAACGUGCCCACCAUCGACAUCCGCAAGAUCGGCCGCAUCCCGCUGCGGGACGGGGUGGCCAGCGUGGCCGAGGACGUGCUGGUGGACACCCCCAUCGCCCUGGUGCAGGUGUCCGACCGCGACCAGGGCGAGAACGGCGUGGUGACCUGCACGGUGGUAGGGGACGUGCCCUUCCAGCUCAAGCCGGCCAGCGAGGGCGAAGGGGAGCCUCAGAACAAGCGCAAGUACUUCCUGCACACCUCGGCCCCGCUCGACUACGAAGCCGUCCGUGACUACAACGUGGUGAUCGUGGCCGUGGACUCGGGCAGCCCCAGCCUGUCCAGCAACAACUCGCUGCUGGUGCGGGUAGCGGACACCAACGACAACCCGCCGCUGUUCGGCCAGGCCGUGCUGGAGGUCUCCUUCCCGGAGAACAACUCGCCUGGGGAGAGGGUGGCCACGGUGGCGGCCACGGACGCGGACAGCGGCAAGAACGCCGAGAUCUUCUACUCGCUGGAGCCCUCUCCCCUCUCCUCGGAGGCGCCCGGAGGCAUCUUCAGCAUCGACCCGGACUCCGGGGACGUGCUGGUGCAGGCGGUGCUGGACCGCGAGCAGCGCGACACUUACGAGUUCCAGGUGACGGCCCGGGACAAGGGGGUGCCGGCCCUGCAGGGCUCCACCACAGUGGUGGUGCGGGUGGCCGACCGCAACGACAACGAGCCGCGCUUCAUGCAGGACGUGUUCACCUUCUACGUGAAGGAGAACCUGCAGCCCAACAGCCCCGUGGGCAUGGUGACCGUGAUGGACGCCGACCGGGGCCGCAACGCCGAGCUCAGCCUCUCCAUCCAGCCCGGGGAGCAGGACCAGGCCGCCGGCAUCUUCUCCAUCGAGAACGACACCGGCACCAUCUACUCCACUGUCUCCUUCGACCGGGAGCAGCAAACCAGCUACACCUUCAAGGUCAAGGCGGUGGACGGAGGGGAGCCGCCCCGCUCGGCCACCGCCACAGUCUCCCUCUUUGUGAUGGACGAGAACGACAACCCGCCCGCCGUCACUUUCCCCAGCAACAGCUCCUACACCGUGCUGCCCCCCUCCAGCAACCUGCGCACUGUGGUGGCCACCGUGCUGGCCACCGACGCGGACACGGGCCUCAACGCCGACCUCAACUUCAGCAUCGUCGGGGGCAACCCCUUCAAGCUUUUCGAGAUCGACCCGGCCAGCGGCGUGGUGUCGCUGGUGGGCAAGCUGGCCCCCAAGCACUAUGGCCUGCACCGCCUGGUGGUGCAGGUGAACGACAGCGGCCAGCCGCCCCAGUCCACCACCGCCUUGCUCCACGUCUUCGUCAACGAGAGCCUCUCCAACGCCACCGUGGUGGAGAGCCAGGUGGCCCGCAGCCUGCACACGCCCCUGGCCCAGGACAUCGCCGGCGACCCCAGCUACGAGCUGAGCAAGCAGCGGCUCAGCAUCGUCAUCGGGGUGGUGGCCGGAAUCAUGACGGUGAUCCUGCUCAUCCUGGUGGUGGUCAUGGCCCGGUACUGCCGCUCCAAGAGCAAGCACGGCUACGAGGCGGGCAAGAAAGACCACGAGGACUUCUUCACCCCGCAGCAGCACGACAAGGCCAAGAAGCCCAAGAAGGACAAGAAAGGCAAGAAGGGCAAGCAGCCCCUCUACAGCAGCAUCGUCACCGUGGAGGCCUCCAAGCCCAACGGGCAGCGCUACGACAGCGUCAACAAGAAGCUCUCCGACAGCCCGAGCAUGGGCCGAUACCGCUCGGUCAACGGCGGCCCGGGCAGCCCGGACCUGGCCAGGCAUUACAAAUCCAGCUCGCCGCUGCCCACUGUCCAGCUUCACCCGCAGUCCCCCACCGCCGGGAAAAAGCACCAGGCCGUGCAGGAACUGCCCCCGGCCAAUACUUUUGUGGGGGCAGGAGACAACAUCUCCAUUGGAUCGGACCACUGCUCCGAGUACAGCUGUCAGGCCAGCAGCAAGUACAGCAAGCAGCCAUUUCGUAGAGUGACGUUUUCUGUUGUGAGUCAGCCUCAGGACCCACAUCAAGGGUCAUUGCAGAGUUGCUAUGACAGCGGUCUGGAGGAGUCAGAAACACCAAGCAGUAAGAGUUCAUCAGGGCCAAGACUGGGUGCCCUUCCACUCCCAGAGGACAACUACGAAAGGACUACGCCGGAUGGCAGUGUUGGUGAGGCAGAGCAUAUGGAAAAUGACUCGAGGCCUCUACCAGAUGUAGCCCUGACGGGGAAAUGUACUCGAGAGUGUGAUGAAUAUGGUCACUCGGACUCCUGCUGGAUGCCAGUUCGCACUUCGCCUGAAAGGAAGCAGAAGAGCCAGCCAAAACUCUCCACCUUCAUGCCCGUUGAUGAACGGGGCAGUCAGGAAAAGCUGGCCAAUGGAGAAGCCUCCCUCAUGGGUGAUCGCAACAGAAACCUCCUGAACAAAAAGUUGACCUCAUCCUAUGAGACCUUCAACGCAGCUAGCUUCAGCAAAAAUGAGGAAGCCAAUCCAGAGGAUAUCCCCCUUACACAGACAGGGGAAUACAAGCCAUCUCCUGUCAAUACUCUAACUAGAAGAGAAGUUUACCUGUAGGUUAUAAAGAAGCCACAACAAGGUUCAUUCAUGUAUAAGAAGGAAAAGGGGCAAAAAAUCUUAAAAUCAAAACAGUUUAGCACGAAAAAAAGGAGGAAAAAAAAAAAAAGAGGGGGCCACCAAAGAGACAAAAGCUUUGCCUGCCACUUCUGCCUCCAUAUCAGGCAUUUAAUUAUAUAGUCCGCCUGACUAUACUGUACAAUGUAGAAACCAUUGUUACUUGCAUGUCUAAUCCCCCUCACUGAUUUUUAUUUUCUUAAAUUUCUGGUUGCAAAUUGCUUUCAUGGUAACAAGCCUGAUUAAAAGAACACAACACACUGUUGUUACCCCUCUGCUGAAGCAUGAUUUAAGCCACUCUGAUUUUGUUUGAUUGUCACCUGGCUUGUUAAGGAUAACAGGUCAGGGAAAAUAUACUCCAAGCAUAUCAUCUGAAUAUUGCUGAUCCCCAUCAGGGAUGAUCCUUUAGAAACCGUACAAAUAUAGAGGUAAAUAUAAAGAGAUGGCCAUUAAUAGGCACUUUGUGAAGAUCACAGCUUUAAUUUUCUCACCUAAGGCUUGAAGCAAGAGAAUUAUACUCAGCCUGAGACUGCAGUCCAAAAGGUGGCAUAUUUCCCUAUGAAUCAUGAACUCUGGGUUCUGUUUUAUCCAUAGAAUGAACUCUCUAUCGGCUUACUUCAGCGUAACAAAAUUAAUGUCAUAUGUACCGUAGCAUACUAAUGAUAAACUGUUAAACUCAUGUUAUUUUGGACAAGACGUAUAUCUAGUUGGGAUGAUCAGAGUAACUAAAAAGGCCAAAGAUCGCACUAUGGAUCAGGGGAAUUGCUAAGUAUUUGGUCUUGGCUUAGAAAUCUAGUGUACCCACAAACCAUAUGCAUGCACACAUAAAUACACAUUCAAUUACAUUUUGCACAGCAGCAUAGUCCACAAUCCCAGAUGACCUACUACUACUUCAAUAGAUUUUAGUAGAAUGCCCAAAGGAACUGCUAAGAUGUUUGCUGAUAAUGUUAUAACAACAUACAGCAUCUACUGUAUGAUAUGAUACUGCCAGUUCCAGGGAAUAUUUUCCAAAAGGUUACCUUUAAAAAAAAUAAAUAAAUAAAUAAAAAUCAGAGGCUGUGUUGAUGUCACCCAGAACACUUUUGGGGGAAGAUGGAUGGCGGGGUAAUGGUGUGAUGCAGUGACAAGAGUAUAUUGCAAGUCAAGUAAAAUUUCUUCUUUUCACAGUGCAAGGUAUGCUUGCUAAAUCUUUUGUCAUCAAUGUUGCCAACUGUGUUUGUGAAAGGUACGAUGCAGGUUUUCUUGAAACACAAGUGCAUUAAAACAGUACUGUGCAAUAUGAAACAAUGUCAAGACUCAACACACUUAAGGAGGGUAACAAAUGGUCAGAUUGACUUGAACAUUGAUAUGAUACUUUACACGGUAGAUUGAGAGAAGUCACAAGGAAUCCAAACUAAUCAUGAUAGCAAAGAGCUAUGGCCAAUGACGAUUCUCAAAGUAUGCACUUCGUAAAGGGAAUAGGAAACAAAACAGGUUUUUUGUGCAAUAAAAGCAACAAAAUGUAUAAGAAGGACUUGAGCUAGUUGCUUCGUAGCUGAUGAUGUAGUAAUUGAAUACUGAAUUCAGACAUUCAGAUGAAAAUGACAAUCAGUCAACACAGUGCGGACAGUUUGAGAAGGGUGCAAACAUUCAAAUCCCUGGGUGUUUAACCUGGCAUUAGGGCAUGGCUAGAUGGCUGUCUAGUAGACUGUAGUCACAAUGUAGCUUUGGGUAGUUUCUUCCUUUUGAAGAAUUACAUAGAAAAUAUAACAUUAAACAGCCUGAAAUAUAGGUUGAUAAAUCAGUACAACUCAUCACAACAUUUACUUUUCAAAUUCUCUUCUCUAUAUAGAGGGGUGCCCUUUUUGGCCAUUUCAUUCCCCUCUUCAGUUUAGUUUUCAUUUUGAUGCUAGUUUGUGUGUAGAAGUUAUGAUGAAUGGAGACGUGUUAUGAAGAAAAAAUAUUAAAAAGAUUAAUAAUUGAACUUUUUUACAUUUAAUUAUUUAAAUUAUGGAGAGAUGCAAAUUAGUACUUUAUGAUAAGACUGUAAAGAGCAGUUACUGCAUUGUAUAAUCUGUAAGUACCUGUUAAGGGGGAAAAAAGAGAUUCUAAAGAUGCUUAUGUAAUGUAUACACAGUUUUAUUGCACGCUUCAACAGAAUACAGAAUUGCAUAACAGAUGUUCAACAAAACUUUUUUUCUUUAAUAGGAACUUUUUAUUUUAAUACUACAGUUGAAAACCACUAGAUGACUUGUUUAAAUAUAUCUUUAAACCCUUUGUCUAAAAAGCUAAUAAUACAGGUCAUACAAGACCUUCAGAUUAAAUGGAUCAGCAGUCACUCACCUGUUUAUGCACCACAUAAGGCAGUCAUGCCAUUGUCAUUUACUUGUGAGCAACUUCUUAGAACUAAAAUGGGUGUGAAAAGAAUAAAAAAAAAUCAUUGUACUUUAAAUAUUCACAGUACUUCUAGUAGAACUACCCGUCAUAACAUGUCAAUUACUAUUAUGACCUGGCAUGACACAGAAAUACAUUUUGUGUUUGUAGUUUUUUUCAUUUGAAAUAGGUUAAUCUGGUGCCACUCCACAUAUAGAGUGCUUUUGUAAAAAUAAACACAUAAAACGAAAUGAAGUAAAAAAAAAAAUUAGAGCGAAUGCAAAAUAUGCAACUGUGCCUUUUAUACCUGUUGUUAUAGUAGAAAGGUAAUUGGGUUUGGGCACUGAGGGGUAAUGGGCUAUUCCCAACUUUUUUGAACCUGUAUAUUGAUCCCUGUUUAUUUUCUGAUAAAUUAUAAAUAAUAUAUUUAAAAAAAUGCCUUCUGCCAAACUCAGAUAUUGGACCAGUCUUAAGUAUCUUUGAUUAUGAAAACCAGAUUGUAGCUUAGGUAUGUGCUGCUUUUUUGUUUUCCUUCCAAUCUACUGCCUGGAAGGCUACAGUAUAGAUUACAAUAGAUAAAUACCAUAUAGUUAUUUAGCAAGGUGUCAUAAGUUCAUUUUGCCAGGAAAAUUGAUGAUUUAGUGUCUCUUAAUUGCUUUUAGCUGCCAUUCCAUUUUGGUUGUACAGUAUAAAAAUUGUCCUUUUUUCCUUCCAUGGGAAACUCAAAUGAACUUUGCAUGUAUUUUACAUUAGGACACAUUUAUAGAUGACGCAUAACUAUAUAACUUUAUAUGUAUUAGAGAAGUCUGUAGCUUCAGUCUAAAAUCUAAUGCUCCCUCUGAACCUCCAGAUCUACUAUAUUCAAUAUGGUUUCUGACUGGCCUGCUGCCUGAGUUUCAGAAAAAAAAACCAAGGUAGACAUUAUUUUUAUGUGAGGAAGAACUAAAACGGGAUCGAAGAUGCUUGGCUGAAAGGCUACCCUAGGAAGUUGUCAAGUAGGAAAUGUAGAGCAAAGCCAAAUGAAUCUGCCAUAAAUACAGCUGUUGCUAAAAGGCUUUUAAGGAACUUGAACAACAAAGCAGUUUCUUAUGUUAUAUCAGUUAUAAAUAUACAGUGUUUCCUUAAGAAAUGAAAGAGAGGAGAGGACAACAGUAGAAAUGAAUGUAGUCCAGCAAUUAAACUGAGCUGCUGCCCGAAGAGCAUAACAUGGAAGAAGGCAUCAUUUUCCAGCUACCUGGGGUACACUUUCAGACAACUUUUUCCUAAAUUUUAAAGCACUUGCAUUCAGUGUGGUACGAUCUGUUUGUAAUAUUAAUCAUUGACUAUUGUUCUGCAACUUGGAUGUUGAUAGUGAAGCAGAGAACAAUUUAUCAUUGUUUAUUAUGAGUCACUAUGCACGCACCUAUGCUAAACAUGGCAAAAUGUAUUAAAAGCUAGUCCACCUCUAUUUAUGAAAUAUUUUACAUAAUUUAAUUUGCUUUUGUACAGUUUUAUGUAAAUAAAUUGCUUGUCAUUUUUG